AUGUCUGGCUCUAUGCAUCUGUCCCGCCUCCGACGAUGGUUUCUUGCCUCGCCGCCCAUUGAGUUUGCCAUCAACAAUUUGAAGGAGCUCCUCGUGGGCGCUCUUCGACAAGGCCCAAUUCCGCAACAUGUCGCCUUUGUGAUGGAUGGAAAUCGCCGGUUCGCCAGAUGCCACGGAAUUGAGACGGUGGAAGGUCAUAACCUGGGGUUUGAGGCGCUGGCUAGGAUCCUCGAGGUCUGCUACAAAAGUGGCGUCAAGGUCGUGACUAUCUACGCCUUCAGUAUCGAGAACUUCAAGCGCUCCAAAUUCGAGGUCGAUGCGCUCAUGGAUAUGGCCAAGGUAAAAUUGUCACAAAUGGCGCAACACGGAGACCUGCUGGAUAGAUACGGAGCGCAAGUUCGCGUGCUCGGGCGCCUGGAUCUUCUCAAACCGGACGUGCUCGCCGCUGUCAACAAGGCCGUCGACCUGACCAGCCGCAACGGCGACCGCGUGUUGAACAUCUGCUUUCCGUACACCUCUCGCGACGAGAUCACGACUGCGAUUCGGGACACCGUGAGAGAUUAUAGCACACCACUUCGUUCUGAUCCCCCUGCAAACGGCAUCUCUCGAACGCCUUUCUCUGAAUCCCACAUCACGCACCACAUUCGGGCGCAAGCGCGCUGCUCUUCAAAGGUUCCGGAUCCGCAAAGCGAUUCGGAAUCGUCGUCUGCAGAAUCGUCGGCUCUUGAUGAUGACUCCUCCUCUCGUAAUGACUCAGCCAGUCGCAUUUACGAGUCCGGAUCGUCUUUCUCGUCGUCUACGACCCUUCACCUCGGCCCACAAGAUGGACAUCACACCAAGGGUGCGGCUUUGGGUCACCCCUCAGACACGGAAACACCUUCUUUCCUGUCACCAGAGACGAUAUCGCGCCAUAUUCUUACGGAGAACAUGCUGACAAAGGGCACACCGCCUCUUGACAUGCUCGUGCGGACGUCGGGCGUGGAGCGUUUGAGCGAUUUUAUGCUCUGGCAAUGCCACGAGGCAACUGAGAUUGUUUUCCUCGAUGUGUUGUGGCCUGAAUUCGAUCUGUGGCAUUUCCUGCCCGUGCUUCUGGGCUGGCAGCGGCGCAUCUCCAAGUCGCGUCAGAAUCCCAACGGCGAAGGUGAUUUCGCCGGCGAUAGUCCCGAGGGCAAGGGCCAGCUGGACAAUAUAGUCAUGCUAGGCAACAAGUUGAAGGCGACUUAG